CCCUCCGGCUGCUCCUGUUGUUCGCGGACUUCUCACUUGCUCCCAGCAGCCAGGAUUAGCAACCGCCCGGGAGGCCCCCGCGGUUCAGUUUACAGCACGGGGCUGGGAGCGCGCCUCAGAGAGGAGAAGGGACCCCUGCCCGUGCCUUCCCCUCAGCCGCCUUGCAUCCCUCCCCAACCUGCUGCUGCUGCUGCUGCUGCUCCUACUGGAGACGCACCAAGGCUAUUCUUCUCUUUCUUUCCUUCCUUCCUUCCUUCCCUCUCUCUCUCGUUCUGCCUCCUUUUCCCGAAAUGGAUUUAUCCUUGAGGUUAAUCGUCCUGUCCUGGUUUUACCUGGAGGCGACUGGCGACUUCGACGGAAGGUGGCCCAGGCAAAUUCUUUCCACGACUGGACUGUGCCGCUUUGGAAGCAGACUCGAUUGCUGUUGGGGCUGGGUUCGCCACUCGUGGGGCCAAUGCCAACCUUUCUACAUCUUAAGGCAGAGAAUAGCCAGGAUAAGGUGCCAACCCAAAGCUGUAUGUCAGCCUGGAUGUAAACAUGGGGAAUGUGUUGGCCCAAACAAAUGCAAGUGUCAUCCAGGAUACACUGGGAAAACAUGCAACCAAGAUCUCAAUGAGUGUGGAUUGAAACCAAGGCCAUGCAAACACCGGUGCAUGAAUACAUACGGCAGUUACAAGUGCUAUUGCCUGAAUGGGUACAUGCUUAUGCCAGAUGGAUCGUGUUCUAAUGCCCUCACAUGUUCAAUGGCGAACUGUCAAUAUGGCUGUGAUGUAGUGAAAGGGGAGGUGCGCUGUCGCUGUCCUUCUCCAGGCUUACAACUAGCAUCCGAUGGUAGAACUUGUGUAGAUGUUGAUGAAUGUGCCACUGGGAGAGUUACCUGUCCCCGAUUCAGGAAAUGCGUCAACACUUUUGGAAGCUAUAUUUGCAAGUGCCAUAAAGGUUUUGAUUUGAUGUACAUUGGAGGCAAAUACCAGUGCCACGACAUAGACGAAUGCUCGCUCGGCCAAUAUCAAUGUGGAGGUUUUUCACAAUGUUACAAUACGCAGGGAUCGUACAAAUGUAAAUGUAAAGAAGGAUACAGAGGUGACGGAAUGAACUGCAUAACUAUUCCCAGAGUUAUGAUUGAUCCAUAUAGUGUAUUUAAGGGCAAUACAACCUUUACUAAAGGUAGUGGUGGCAUGACCAAUCGGAUACCUGAAACUGGUGGUACAAGGCAGCCCAUCAAUUCACCACAUGUACCAGCAGCAAAGCCUGCUCCUAAGACAACAGUCCGACCCACACCAAGGCCAACCAUGAGGCCAACGUACAAACCGUUUAUCAGACCUGUAACAACAAAACCAGCUUUGAGACCAGUGACGAGACUUCCACCGGUGACAAGACCUCCACCAGUGACAAAACCCCCAACGCCACCUCCAACUCCAGCUAAACCUAUAACAACAAGACUUACGACUAAGGAGCCAUUGCACAUUCCCAGUGAAACUACGCCUCAGGAGGCAUUUACAGUUGAUAACAGGAUACCAGUCGAUCCUCAGAAACCACGAGGCGAUGUCUUUAUUCCACGCCAGCCUGGAGUGAGCAAUAACCUCUUCGAAACUUUUGAAAUUGAACAAGGGAUUAGUGCUGAUGACGAUGAAGCAAACGAUGAUCCCGGUGUUCUGCUUCACAGCUGUAACUUUGAUGGUGGCUUGUGUGGGUGGAUCAAGGAGAAAGAUGAUGAUUUACACUGGGAACCUGUUAAAGACUCCUCAGGUGGACAGUAUUUGGCUAUCUCUGAACCCAAGGGGAAAAUAGGACGAGUUGCACGUUUGGUCCUUCCACUUGGCCAUUUAGCUCACGCAGGGGAUCUAUGCCUAUCUUUCAGGCAUAAAGUGUCCGGGCUACAUUCUGGUUUGCUUCAAGUCUUUGUAAGAAAGACUGGUGUUCAUGGACCAGCAGUUUGGGGAAGGAACGGUGGUCAUGGCUGGAGACAAACACAGAUAACCUUGCAAGGAUCUGGCAUCAAGAGUGUUAUCUUUAAAGGAGAGAAAGGAAAAGGAAGAACUGGGGAAAUUGGACUGGAUGAUGUGAGCUUGAGGAGAGGCCUGUGCUCUCAACACCAUUAGCGGUACACACAGACUGGCCAACAGAACAUACUUUUAUUGUCCGUGCCUCGUAGCUGAGACAGAUGGCAGAUUUGCAACUUCUUCUCCCUUGUCUUUGUGAAAUCCCAAAUUAAAUAAAGCACAUUUUCUGUAACGGCAAAGUAACUUCAAACCAACGCUGGAGAUUUCCAUUAACAAUUAUCCAGUUCACAUUAUGUAACUGGAAAGGGCCUCCUGAAUUCAGAAUUAAGGAUAUAAAUAUCCUUUGUGAACAAGAACAAACUUGGCUAGACAUCAUCAAAAAGAGUCUGUGGUACAUACAGGAGUUGCAUUAAUGGUCUGCUGUAUCCUUUCCAUUUUGCUGGUUAUACUGUGUGCCCUGAACUGGUUCAACUUCAUAAACUGAAAAUAACUCAAGCCUAGACCUGGCCCAUGAUUGUUCUACUGCCAUCGCCUUUUAAAGAAGAGUGUUACAUAUAUAUAUAUAAAAUAGCAUUUAUACCUUUGUUUUAUCUUAUUAACAAGAGACAGUUAUUAUAGAGUGGGCACUGCAUCCCUUAAUAUUGGUAGUGCUGUGUUCUGUAUAAAGAUGUACUGUUAUUAAUGUAUUUAUAUAUGUUGUGUAUUUGGAGAAUCUAGUGGCAAGAUAAAAUGGCAGCUGUGCACAUCCAAGUUAAACUAACAUACGGAAAUCUACACUGACAGCAAUGCAGGAAGUUUUCACAGUUUGUCACUUGCUAAUAACUAAUCACUGUUUUGCCUAUUUUAUAUGGUUCCAAAAAAGGCUGAAUCAGCUUCACACAUAAAUGAACAUGGCGCCAGCAUCAAGUGUAGGCAUGGCUGGGUCCCUGCCAAGGGCCCACACCCCAGAAGGGGCCCACUGACAAGAGCCCCCUGGAGUUUAUAUUCAUCUUCACCAUUGUGACUUGUGUGUUCAUUUGCUCAGACAACAGUGGUUAUGAGAAGGAGGAGGAGUAGAAUGCCACUUCCUGUUUGCUCACUGGCCCUCUGCCUGUCAAGCAAGCAAGUGGUAGCAAUGAUGAGAAAGAAGCUGAGGAGCAAUCGCAGCUCCUGAUGAUGGUGGUGAGAAGGUAGAGUCACCAAAGAAGGGGGCCCGAGGCCCCUCAAAAAACUGGAGCUGGCACUGAGUGGACAUAAUUCCAAGGUGGCUGCUAGAUUCAAUAGAACAGUGUUGAGUUACUCAUAAAGGUUCAUCUGACAAAACCUGGCCUUGAAGGGUGCCCUUGUGAUUUUACUAGCCCAGAAAACUUUGCCAGAUCUGUGUUCUCUCCAUUCUCAGAAGCUAUUAAAGGUCAAAAGAGCUCUCUCUGGGUCAGGAAAAGGCCAUCCUGCUAUAUAAAUUAGUAAUAAUAAUAGUUGGCAAACUGACAUGCAGCUAUUGAUCGGCCUGCUAUACAUUACGACAUUUUUGUAUCCGCUGUCCCCUUGCUCCAAUCUGUGUUACCAUCAUUCUUGCAAGAGCAGAAUGAGACUAGGAGGCGAGACAAACACGGUCAGUUGUUGCUGAACA